UCCGGGGCGGUGGUUCCGGUUCCGGGGCGGUGGUUCCGGCGCCGGUCCCGGGGGCGCGCGGCGGGCCCGGCGCGGCGGCAUGGCGCGGAGCACCCUGUCCUCCCGCUUCCGCCGCCUCGACAUCGACCAGUACGACGAGAACCGCUUCGUGGAGGAGCCCGAGGAGGCGGCGGCGGCCGAGCCCGACGCCGGCCCCGAGGUGGAGGCGCUGCUCAGGCAAGGGGAGGCGCUGCGGGCCUUCCACGCCGCCCUGCGCGGCUCCCCGCCGGGCGCCCGGGGUGCGGCGGCCAAGGAACAGGCUCAGGGAACCAUGCUAAAAGUCCUCACCUCUUUUAAAAGCAGUGAAAUAGAAGAAGCGGUGAAUUCUUUAGACAGAAAUGGCGUUGACUUGUUAAUGAAGUACAUUUAUAAAGGAUUUGAAAAGCCAACAGAAAAUAGCAGUGCAAUAUUACUUCAGUGGCAUGAAAAGGCAUUAGCAGUAGGUGGACUUGGGUCCAUAGUAAGAGUUCUCACAGCAAGAAAGACUGUUUAAAGGACUAUUAACUUGAACCAAGACGAUGCUCAGUUUUGGACUCAGAAGGAAGGAAUCGGCUGAGAUGACACUGGUCCAUCUUUAUUAGAGAUUGCGAUCUACUGAAACACUACCGCGACCUCCUCUGGGAAUGCUUUCAACCCUGAAGGUGGGGGAAGAGUAAAGAUAUUCCUGCGUACUCCGACUAUCAAACACAGGAGCCAAGACAUUCUCCUGCUCCCUUUUUUGAAAGGCAGAGAGAAGGCACACUCCUGCCUCCUAUUACUGUAAGCAAACCGGUAUUUUCAGAUGCUGCUUUAUCGAAGUGUGGUGAUAAGGGAUCCUGUGUGCACUGCUUAUUUCAGAGGUAGCUGUGUCCCUGACAGCUUAGGGGAGAAGCACGUGUUAGAAUGGCCGCUUUGUACGUACAGUCGAAGGACUGCUUGGACCGGGGGGUUGGUUUCAUUGUAAAGUGCCUGCUGCACCAAUAAAGUUCUUGCAUCACA